AUGAGGCGCAAAGAGAAGCGUCUGCUGCAGGUGACGGGGCUGCUGCUUAGCGCGCUGCUGCUGCUGCCGUACGCGGGGCUGUGGGCGCUCUACCGGGACCGCGGGGUGGAGGACGCGGCUGGAGAAGACGCGCUGCAGCUGGUUCAGGGGGCGCUGUCCGUGGUGCUGAAGUCCUGCUCUAUUGUCUGCACGCUGAGAUCGGUGGAGGUCGGGGCAGAUGGAGUUCGUCGUAUCGAUUGGCACGACUACGACGCCAUGAAGAGAGACGCCGUCAGAUCCGGUAACGGCGAGCAGGGCCAGGCCACGCCUCUGAGCGACGCAGACCGAGUGGACCAGGCCUACAGAGAAAACGGAUUCAACAUCUACGUCAGCGACCGCAUCUCACUGAACAGGUCUCUGCCGGACAUCCGCCACCACAACUGUGGUCAGAAGUUGUACUGGGAGAAGCUGCCCAACUCCAGUGUGAUCAUCCCGUUCCAUAAUGAAGGCUGGUCGUCUCUGCUGCGGACCGUCCACAGCGUCCUGAACCGCUCGCCACCGCAGCUAAUCCACGAGGUCAUCCUGGUGGACGACUUCAGCGACAAAGUCCGCAGAGCCAGGGCCAAGAUCCGGGAGAUCCACUACUGA